GUUUCUGUUAUGCCGCAGAUUCAAAUGUUGCGGAACGGAGAUUGAUAUUAGAUGAGGAUUUUUCUACUUCGGUCUUUAAAGACAAUUGCUUUUUAGUUAAUGAUGCAGCAUAAAGAUGCAGAGAGGUAGAAAGUCUCUAGUUGCCAAAUCAAAACUUUCAUACUGUUGUGAAUGGAAAGACUGCUCCAGCUCCUUUGAUGACAAAAAUUCACUCAAACGUCACCAGCUACAACACUUCGAAGUAUUAUGUGAACAAGUGUCACAGUGUACAUGCCAUCCUAUCUGUGGAAUAUGUGAUUCUCCUAUAAAUGUAUCUGAUCCGGAUGAGAUUGAAAGGCACUCGUAUUUUCAUUCUUGGGUCAAUCAUCUGAAAGUGGUUGGAAAGCAUUCCUCGUCAAUUAAUGAUUGGCCAUCUUGUAUGUGUGAUUCAAAGUCAUGUAAUUCAAUACCUGAACUUCCAACUAAAUUUGAGUGUGGUUGGGAGUACUGUGAUUUUAAAACCAACGAUGUUUCCAUAUUUAUUGAUCAUGUUUCAAAGCAUUCAGAGGAAUAUAAUGAUUCUCGUUAUCCGAAGGGUGUAGGAUUGAAAUGUUUAUGGGAGGAUUGUACAUAUGUAGCCCGUCGUUUAAAAAAUCUUACCGGUCAUUUGGAUACGCAUACUCAAAAUAAACGUGCAGCCUGUCCUACAUGUGGUCUGUUAGUUGUUAAUUUUCGAAAGUUAGAAGACCACCUUAAACGUCAACAAGUCCAUUUGUUAAGAAAGAAUGCUAACGUGAAUAUACAUCAUUCAGUUAAACCUGUAAAGUGCAAUCGGUGUCAAAGACUGUUUAGUACACAGAGAUUAUUGGCUACGCAUAUGAAAAGGCAUAUUAAUACAAUGAAAUGUCCCUAUUGUGAUAUGACUGCCUUAGGCAAAUCAG